AUGUCCCCGACUCGCGAGACCGGAAUCCAACAGGCCAUCACGGACUACCGGACGCGCAAGUAUCCGUCGAUCCGCGCGUGCGCGACCGCCAACGAGGUCAACUACGCGACGCUCAGCCGCCGACUCAAGGGCAGCACGCAGUCGGCCACGCUGUCGCACGAGCCGCAGCAGCUGCUGUCCAACGCGCAGGAGGUUACGCUGAAGGGGUGGAUCCUCGACCUGGAGGCGCUCAGCGGCAAGCCGUUGAGCUUCGAUUCGGUGAAUAAACUCGCCGGUAUCUUGAGCACGACGACCGGAGGGUCCGGUCUGGUCGGUCAUAACUGGCUGCCACGGUUUAUUCGACGGCACCCGGACAUUCGCUCAAAGGUCGGACCGCAAAAGACACCAAAGCAGUAA